AUGACGGACAACAGCAGCGCACCUGUUGAUUUACGCAUCAAGCGUAAACGCGUCGAUGUUAAUGAGGACAAAUUACUAACAAAGAAAAAACUUCGUCAUAAUGAUAAUGAAUUUCCAUUAGAUCUAUCCGUCAAGCCAUCUCAUUCUGCUGCACAAUCGAACCCAUCGACAUUUUCACUCUAUAAUCCACCAAAUGUAUUAUUCAAUUCGUCUGCUCUACUCUACGACCUAUUUUUAGCAAAUCUCAAUGCUUAUUGUCAACAAAACGCAAAAACUGAACCAUUAUCGAUACCGCCACCCUUAAUACUAUCCAAAACUAACGCCAAACAACAGCAACAAACAAGUUUGUCUGCUCGUCUGUUCAGAGAGAACUCUACUGCGAGCAAACACGAAUCGUAUGCUUGUUCAUGCGGUGAACGAUAUUCGAACGUAGCCCAACUUGUCAGCCAUCUGAAGAUCACGAAUCAUCAUGCGCAAUUAUCGUCUACACAUGAUGAAGUAGCCAAACUUGUGCGUGGGCAAGAUAUCUGGUUAUCCCGCGAUACGAACCCCGCUAAUCAAAUUUUAAAAUGUCUUCGCUGUUCACUGUCAUUCGAAACUCUCCCCGAUCUCACGGCGCAUAUGAUGAAAACAAAUCAUUUUACUCAACUUCUUCCGUCGUCACCGACUUCGUACUCGCAUUCGCCUCCAAAACAACAGCAACAUUCGCCAACAAAGUACAAUUCACGCUCGACAUGUCUCGUUUGUUCACAACAGUUUGCUCGCGAGGUCGAUCUCGUCGAUCAUCUGCAGCGUCUACACCAGAUACGCUUUAACUGUACAACAUGUGGAAUGUACUUCGAAAAUGAAAAUCUUUACAAAGAACAUCUAUUAAAAGAAAUGCAUCAUCGAAACGGCAAAUCCAGUCGAAAUCGAGAUUAUUUCAUUCAACAAUGUCGAACGUUACAGAAACGUCCACUAAGCGAAACAAAAUCAGAACAGCCAAAGUCUCGUUCAUCAAUCGACCGAGAAGUUGAACGUCUGACAUCGGAUUUAGUCGAUCGUGUUGCAGCGGCAGAUGAACUCCCGUCGUCGUCGUUGCCGUCAUCAUCAUCAUCAUCGACGACUGGAAAUGCUCUGUCACUUUUACAAAAUUUCGUGAUUCAACAAACGCCGUCGAUUGCGACAUUCAGCCCACGCACACAAACCGAUUUAAAUAAUAACUGUGACGAUGAAAAUAGUAAUCAGAGUACCGCCAAUUCAUUGGUGUCAAAUGAAAUCAAUGUGAAGGAUGAUCCAUUAGCAUCAUUGGAAAAGAUGCUGGCGUGCUCAACAAAUUCAAUCGAAUUACCUUCGUCAUCAAUCAACAAUAAUGGAACUAAAAGAAGAAAAUUUGAUAAAUAUCGAUUAUUUGCAGAGAAAAUGCUCCGAUCAACUUUAUCCUAG